UGUUGGCACUGUCGUACAAAGAAAACAUUCUUGCAACCAAGAUUCUACGGCGGGUAACUUGAAAAGAUGGCGUCGAAAAGAUCUCUGUACAGACCUGCACCACAACAAAAUGUUGUACCGAGAAGAAACAGAAAACCUCUCACACAAGGCCGUUUGGUUGCUGAUGCCAGUGAGGGUCACAAGAAGAAAGUAUUGGCCAGUGGUAUUGAAGAAAAUGCACCAGCAAGCAGGAAUGGCUCUCAGCGGGCACAACAAACAACAAGGCAGCAGAUAUUGGAUACAUCUGUGACUCGAGUGGGACAGGAACCUGAGAGUGUUACAGUUACACCCCGCAGAAUGGCUCCCAGCAUCACUGAACACCGAUCUCCAGCACCUUCCAACCCUGCCAUGAACCUUGACCUGUCAGAUAGUGACCUUGACCUUUCAUUGCAAUAUAAGUCUCCAACCCAGAGGAUACACAAACAAAAACCACAAGAAGUCUUGCUGAUAGACGCUUCACGCCAGACCAAGGAUCCUAAUGAAUCUGAGGUGGACAUUCAAAUUGGAUUUGAAAGGUCUCCUGUCAAAAUCAUCUGUCACUCGCCAUCAGCCAUUGAAUCUAGUUUAAG